UCCCGCCUCCGCCGCCGGUUGUGCGCAGCCCGCUGCGAAACCCUCGCCGGGACCCUUCCUGGGGGUUGCCCCUACUUCGUUCGUGCCGCUCCCGUGCGAUGCAACCCGCCGCUGCCCCCCGGCGAGGCGACACGGCGCCCCGCUGCCUACCCGCCUGCCCGCCGAGGCCGAGGCCGAGGCCGAGGCCCCUGCCCCAUCCCGCUGCCGGGAGGCUCCGCCUCGGCGCGCUCCUGCUGCCGGGCUGCGCGAACGCAGACGCGUCCCCGAGGAACUCCCGGCCGGACUUUGCCCGCCGCCCCCAGCCGGGACGGGGCGCUCCGGGGGCUCCCGCCAGUCCCGCACGCGCCCGGCGGGAACCGGGCUCUCGGCCGCUGCCCUGUGAGGAGAAACGCCCGUCCCGCCGGCGCUGAGGCGCGGUCCGGUACGCCGAGCGGAGGGUCCGCGGCCGCAGGCGGCCCGCCCCCGCCGGCUGCCGAGCCGAGCCGAGCCGCGCCGCGGGGCCCCGGCCGCCACCUCCGCGGGCGGCAUGGCGGCGGGCGGUGCGCUGUGCGGCUCCCGGGAGGGCUCCGCGGGGCUCUGGAACUGGAACCAGACAUGGUAUACAAACACCCCAAGAUUUACGUGGUGCUUUGAGAGUACAGUCAUUGCUUGGAUCCCUUGUGCCUAUCUUUGGAUCUGUUUUCCUUUCUACUACUUGUAUCUUCGACACAAAACCAAAGGCUAUAUCAGGAUGUCCCACAUCUUCAAAACCAAAAUGGUCCUUGGAUUCAUCCUGGUAGUACUGUGUUUUUCUAAUGUCUUCUUCGUACUGUGGGAAAUAAGCCAAGGAAUCCCACGGGCUCCAGCAUUCUUCAUUAGCCCUGCCGUGGUGGGAAUCACAAUGAUCCUUGCCGUGUUCCUUACCCAGGCAGAAAGAAUGAUGGGCAUCCAGUCUUCAGGCAUCCUGUUGAUUUACUGGCUGCUCUCAUUCAUGGCUGCAGUUGUGAUGUUUAGUUCCAAAGUCCAACAUGCCCUGGAAAGAGGCUUCCUGGAAGACCAUUUCCGCCACGUUACUACUUACCUUUAUGUUAGCCUGGUGCUAGGAGAACUUGUUUUAUUCUGCUUAGUUGAUCACCCUCCCUUCUUCUCUAAAGCUGUCAACAGUCCUAAUCAGUGUCCAGAAGCCAGCACCUCUUUUCUUUCCAAAAUCACAUACUGGUGGUUCUCUGGGCUUGUCUGGAAAGGCCGUCAGCAGUCCUUGAAGGUAGAUGACUUAUGGCCAGUGAGGAAAGAGGACUCCUCUGAAGAAAUUGUUGCUUGGGCUGAAAGAGAGUGGAAGAAAUGUCAUAGCAGAACCCAGCAAAAAAUGGGGUCUGCUACAUUUAAAAAGGGUCAGAAGAGUGAAACUGGCAUAGCAGAAGCUGAGGAGACAGAGGUGCUACUGCAAUCAGAGCACAGUCAGAGCAGGCCCCUACUGAAAGCGUUUUGGAGCAUGUUUGGAACCUAUUUCCUUCUCAGCACUGUCUGCUUAGUUAUCUGUGAUGUCUUCUUGUUCUCCAUCCCAAAGUUACUGAGCCUUUUCCUGGAGUUCAUUGAAGAUCGAGAAGCACCUAGCUGGCAUGGUUAUUUCUAUGCCUUCACUAUGUUCCUUUUGGCUUGUCUCCAGACUCUGUUUGAACAACGAUAUAUGUACAUGUGUCUUGUUCUGGGGUUGAGACUGAAAACUGCAGUAACAGGGCUUGUGUACAGGAAGAUCCUAGUUAUGUCAAAUGCAUCAAGGAAAGCAGCAACAGUAGGUGAAAUUGUUAAUCUGGUGUCUGUUGAUGUCCAAAAGCUAAUGGACCUGAUUAUCUAUUUUAAUGGGACCUGGCUUGCUCCCAUUCGGAUUAUCAUCUGCUUUGUCUUCUUGUGGCAGCUUCUUGGGCCAUCUGCCUUGACUUCGAUUGCUGUAUUCCUUUUUCUUUUGCCUCUCAAUUUCAUGAUCACCAAGAAGAGGAGUCAGUUUCAGGAGACCCAGAUGAAACAUAAAGAUGAGCGGGCCAAACUCACCAGUGCCAUUCUCAGCGACAUUAAAGUAAUCAAACUGUAUGGCUGGGAGAAAACCUUCAUGGAGAAAGUACUUGGUAUCCGGAAGCAAGAACUUCAGGCCCUAAAAAGAUCUCAGAUUCUCUUCUCAGCAUCUCUAGCUUCUUUCCAUUCAUCAACUUUCCUGAUUGCAUUUGUCAUGUUUGCUGUCUACACCCUGGUGGAUAACACACACAUCCUGGAUGCUCAGAAGGCCUUUGUAUCUUUAACACUGAUCAACAUUCUCAACACUGCUCACUCCUUCCUGCCACUCUCCAUAAAUGCUGCUGUCCAGGCCAAGGUUUCUUUAAAGCGCUUAGCAGCUUUUCUGAAUCUGGAAGAACUGAAUCCUGAGAGCUCAAGCAGAAACACUUCUGACUGUGUACAGGCAAGUAUCACCAUAAGAAAUGGGACUUUUUGCUGGAGCAAAGAAACUUCUCCUUGUCUUAGAAGGAUAGAUCUUACCGUGCCCCAAGGCUCCUUGCUUGCUGUAGUUGGCCAGGUAGGUGCUGGAAAGUCCUCCUUGCUGUCAGCGUUACUUGGUGAGCUGGAGAAGACGGACGGCUGCAUGAUCAUGAAGGACACGGCAGCUUAUGUCCCCCAGCAAGCUUGGAUACAAAAUGCUUCAGUGGAAGAUAAUAUUCUCUUUGGGAAAGAGAUGAAUGAAACAUGGUUCAAUAGAGUGAUAGAUGCUUGUGCACUGCAACCUGAUUUGGAGAGCUUCCCUGCAGGGCAGAAGAGUGAAAUAGGAGAGAAGGGAAUAAAUAUAUCUGGAGGGCAGAAGCAAAGGGUCAACCUUGCUCGUGCCGUGUACCAGAAGGCUUCAAUUUACCUACUUGAUGACCCCCUCUCAGCUGUUGAUGCCCAUGUUGGACAGCACAUUUUUGAACAUGUUCUUGGACCCAACGGCUUACUGAAGGACAAGAAGACAGCUGACUGCAAAAGCUCGAGUGAGCAGGGAAACACCAGAACAAUUGUAACUGUUCAAUCUUUAUUCAAGCAGACUCGUGUGCUGGUGACUCACACAAUCAACAUUUUGCCUCAAGUGGACAACAUUGUUUUUCUGGUGGAUGGAACGAUCUCAGAGAUUGGUUCCUACCAAGAACUUCUACAGAGAGAUGGGGCAUUUGCAGAAUUUCUUCAUUCACACAUUACUGCAGAAGAGCAGGCAGGCACUGGUUUUCCAGCUCUAGGAGACACCAAAGGCACCAUCACCUCUAGAAGUGGUCUAUCACAGGAGAAGCUCUUUAGUGACAAUUCAGUCAAAUCUUCUGCUAUGGGAAGGGAGACCAUUCCUGCAAGUCAAGACUCUACCACUGCUGCAGCCACCAAAGGAAGAUUAAUGAAGGGAGAGAAAACCCAGCAUGGCAGGGUUAAUACUUCAAUUUAUGCAGCCUACCUGAAGGCGACAGGCUUACCACUGUGUGUGUACACCAUUCUGUUGUUCACAUGUCAGCAAGCUGUGUCAUUUUCUCGUGGUUACUGGCUCAGCAUGUGGACAGAUGACCCUGUUCACAACAGGACACAACAGCACACAGAGCUGAGAGUUGGAGUCUUUGGUGCACUAGGAGUCAUUCAAGCCCUUGGCAGAUUUGCCUCCACAGCAGCAGUCCUUCUAGGUGGCGUGUUAGCAUCGCACAAGCUGUUUCUGCAGUUGCUGAGGAACGUUGCUAGAUCCCCAAUGGUCUUCUUUGAGCAAACACCCAUUGGAAACUUGCUGAACCGCUUCUCCAGAGAAAUGGAUGCUAUUGAUUCUGUCAUCCCUGACAAACUGAAGUCCUUGCUGGGAUUCUUGUUCAACUUGCUGGAGAUCUACCUUGUCAUUAUAGUGGCUACACCAAGGGCAGCAAUGGCCAUAGUGCCCUUGACUGUUCUUUAUGCUGCAUUCCAGCACUUCUAUGUCAUCACCUCCUGCCAGCUGAGACGCAUAGAGGCUGCCAGCAGAUCACCCAUCUAUUCCCACAUUUCAGAAACUUUCCAAGGGAGCAGUGUGAUCCGUGCUCACAAGGCCCAGGAAAGGUUUAUUUUGAAGAGCAAUUUUCUAGUGGACGAGAAUCAGCGAAUAUGCUUCCCUGGAGCAGUUGCUGACAGAUGGCUUGCUACAAACCUGGAGUUUCUAAGCAAUGGCAUUGUGUUGUUUGCAGCACUAUUUGCAGCAAUGGGCAGAACACAUCUUAGUCCAGGAACUGCUGGCUUCUCCAUUUCAUAUGCUCUUCAGAUAACUGGUGUUCUGAACUGGAUGGUGCGCUCCUGGACAGAAAUAGAGAACAACAUUGUUUCUGUGGAGAGAGUGAGAGAAUACUUGAGGACUCCUAAGGAGGCACCCUGGACUCUGAAUAGCAAACUUCAAGGUCAAGUUUGGCUCACUGAAGGAAGAAUUGAAUUUAGAAACUAUAGUUUGCGAUACAGGCCAAAUUUGGAGUUAGCACUGAAGCAUGUCAAUCUAACCAUCAACGGGCAAGAGAAGAUCGGCAUAACUGGAAGAACAGGAGCUGGGAAAUCUACUCUUGCUGUGGGAUUGCUGCGAUUAGUGGAAGCUGCAGAAGGAGCGAUCCUAAUUGAUGGACUAGAUAUUGCUCAACUAGGUCUCCAUGACCUUAGAACCAUGAUAACUGUCAUUCCCCAGGAUCCAGUUUUGUUUUCUGGCUCUCUAAGAAUGAAUCUGGACCCGUUAAACCAAUACACUGAUGCAGACAUCUGGACAGCUUUGGAACUGACUCAGCUCAAGAACUUUGUUGCAGAUUUGCCCGAUCAGUUGGAAUAUAAGUGCACUGACCAAGGGGAAAACCUAAGCACUGGUCAGAAACAGCUGGUUUGUCUGGCCAGAGCACUUCUUCGGAAAGCCAAAAUCCUCAUUCUAGAUGAGGCCACAGCAGCAGUAGAUUUAGAAACUGAUCUUCAGAUUCAGUCCACCCUGAGGACUCAGUUCAAAGACAGCACAGUGUUAACAAUAGCUCACCGGAUAAACACUGUCAUGGACUGUGACAGGAUUUUAGUCUUGGAAAAUGGUCGGAUAGCUGAAUUUGAUACUCUGGAACACUUAAUAGCUCAGAAGGGACUGUUCUACAGACUGAUGGAAGAAUCAGGCCUUGCGUGACUCACUCAGAGUAUACCAUAAUGCCACCACUAUCGGGAAUAAUUGACCUCGUAAUUGAGUUAUCUUGGUUUCACUCUAAAAUGCCUGACACUCAACCAAAUCUUGUUUGAGCUAUAACCGCAGUUGAGUAGAUGAAAAGGCGUGACUUGGGUUUUCCAUAGGAAACUUCGCAAUUCCAUUUUCAUUAUGUUUCCAGAUACCAAAACCUCAUUCUCCUGUUGAAAACGAGCCAGUCAGUACUUAAAUGCCUUGUUGCUUUUAUGGUAUAAAAGUAAACAAGCCAAAAGGAAAAGACCACAGCAUUUCCAAUUUAUACUAUAAAUGGAAGUCAAAUAUACUGCCAUACUUAAAGAUUACAGAGAUUAUUUUUAAAAGCCAACGAGAUUUUAUGGACAGCAAGCAAGUACUUAACUGGUAGCAAGCAAACUUAACUCUUUACAGCUUGUCCUAAGUUCCAGGCAGAACAAAUUUAGUCUUUUGCCAGUGUCUUAAGGACUGCUCACCUAAGUGCUGUUUUUACACAGAUGUGGACUCCAAGGCAGCAGCUGGAUCUAGUCACCCAAAGUGCACAAACACUGGGGGAGUAGGGGAGAGGAAGUGGGAUGCCACUAAGCACGAGAGCAUACGGCUGCCUGUGGGCUGCCUGUUGUCACAGCUGGGGAUCAGAUCCACUGCAUCUCUUUCCGUGUCAGCUUUGGAGGGGCCCUGGGUGAAUCGUGCUGUGCAGAGGGCUGACAGACUGCGUGGAGGAAGAGAGACAGCUUAGACGCCGGCUCACUGAUGCAGGACAGAGUAACUUGGCUGGGAGUGGGCAGCAGAGCGUCAUUCCUUCUGCUUGAAGGCUUGGAGCAGCCCUGCUGCCAAAUGCUGGUUGGUCACAGCGGAGCAUGUCCAAACAUCGAUACCAGCAUUUCUGAAUCUAAUUUGGCCACAAGGAAUUUGCGUGGUGGAAAGUGUCCUCCUCUGAUCCCUGCAGCGUGGCACUCUGGCAGAUGGGAAAAGUAGCAGGGACUCGCCUGUCAACCUGGUGGUUCAUUCCUGGUUUUCUUCUUGAGUGCAAGUUUACCUCCUGCAUGUGCCACCCUGGUGCCACAGAGCCUCUGACAUGAUCAUCUUUCAGAUGUUACUUCAACAAACCAAAACGGCAGCUGAAAGCAAAGCCUUCCUGGGCUUCCCACAGUGCCGAGGAGCUGCAGUCAGAGCUGUCCCAAGUCUCUCCUCGGGAAGCACAAGAAGACAAUGUGACAAACAAAUCACACUGUGAGAUACUGCUGUUUACUGUGACUUGUUAAAGCACUUCAUUUUCUAGGAAGCUGAAAUAAAAAUAGAAUCAAGUAUUGAAA